UCAAUGGUCCAGCCGCCGAGCCCACCUGCCGACUCCCUCUCAUCUCAUCUGCAAGCCCCUUCCACAGUACUCCCCCCGAAAACGGUUCACCCGCAUUAUAAACGGCCCGUCAACUCCUUCUCACUUCGUUCCACACAUUCUUGUGUCACUCGGUGCAACCUCGCCAACCCAGCAGCAAUCGAAACAGUUGACCAUCGCCCGCCACGAUGAAGGCCGCCAGCCUUUAUUUCGCGCUCAGCGCGGCGCAAGUAGCAAUCUGUGCCCCAGCGCCGGGUGUGUCGACAGCCCGUCAGAACAACGCCCCGAACGCUGUAGCCGCUCGCAGGUCCUGGACGACGUACCUCGACGAGAACGAAGCAACUGGGAGAGACAGGCACGAUCCUAUCGGUCGACCGGACUUGCUCCCCCCUGCUUAUGGCGGCGACUCAGAGCCCCCGUUGUCGAAGCACAAGAAACCCAAUCCGGGGUCCCCGCGGCCGGGCCGGCAACCACCACUGAUCGACCUGAGACGUGUCCCACACCCAGCUCGUGACGAGGAUGAUGGUUUAGAACUGCUGGACGUGGGAGGUGCCGGCGGCUCGCCUCACUCUGGCAUGCCGUCCCACCACGCCCGAUCUUCGCGCGAACGCAAUGAUAUGCUUGUUGUUUUGGUCGCGGUAGCCUUUAUGGUGGCGGUGGUCGUCAUGGAGACAUGGGGCAGCCUUUUUCGGAGACAAGGGGUUAUUCGAAACGAGGAAACCGCAAAUCAAGCGCCUGUCUCGAUUCGAGCAAUGCCUGAGGAUCAGAUCGGGAUAGGGGACGAGAAGCGUCAUGUAUAGGGCGACGAGACGCGCAGGCACCUAGACCAACGUCUUACCAUUGCUUUUUCGUUUUCUCUAUGAGUCCCACCUUUUCCCACUCGACGUGUGGUAUUUCAGCGACGUUAAUAGGGCGGCAUUACAGACGGUCAUUCUGAGAU